AUUGCUCUUGAGCAGCUGGACGUUGUUGCUGUAUACUGAACGCUUGAUCACGUGGGUCAUAUAUACAUCAGCUGACCUGUAUUGGUCACGUGAUUUAUGGUGGUACACAGGAGGAAGUUUGGAGACGAGCUCAUGCAUCGUACCUAAAGCAUUAUUGGUUUGUAUUCGGGGCGCCCGAAAAAAAAAAAUCUCAAGCUUUGAAUAAUCGUGUCCCAGAUGUGCGUCCUGCUGCUGGCGCUGCUGCUGCUGCUGGGGUCGGAGGCGGCCCCCCAAGGAGACGAGGUGGUCUACCUCCCCGGUCUCGGCAAGCAGGCUGCCUUCAAGCAGUACUCUGGUUACCUGACCAUAGCCAACAACAAACACCUGCACUACUGGUUCGUGGAGUCCCAGUUGAACCCCGCCAAAGACCCGGUGGUUCUGUGGCUGAACGGGGGCCCCGGCUGCAGCUCUCUGGACGGGAUGCUGACCGAACACGGGCCCUUCCUGAUCCAGGAUGAUGGCGUGUCCCUGGAGUACAACCCCUACUCCUGGAAUAAAAUUUCCAACAUGCUGUACUUGGAGUCACCAGUAGGGGUCGGCUUUUCUUAUUCCAAGGAUAAAAACUACGUCACCAACGACACAGAGGUGUCCAUGAACAACUACCUGGCCUUGAAGCAGUUCUUCAAGCUCUUCCCCGAGUACAGCAAGAACCAGCUGUUCCUGACGGGAGAGAGCUACGCAGGGAUCUACAUCCCCACCCUGGCGGAGAGGGUGAUGGAGGACCCCGCGUUCAACCUCCAGGGUAUCGCAGUUGGCAACGGGAUGGCCAGCUACGAGCUGAACGACAACUCCCUGGUGUACUUUGCAUACUACCACGGUCUCCUAGGCAACCAGCUCUGGGCCCAACUGCAGACUUUCUGCUGUAGUAAGGGAAAAUGUGACUUCUACAACAACCACAACGUCAACUGCUCCAAGAACCUGGAGGAGGUGCAGAACAUCGUGUACAGCUCAGGCCUGAACAUGUACAACCUGUACGCCCCCUGUCCGGGGGGCGUUGGCCAGAGGGUGGGGAUGGAUGGCGGUAGUCUGGUACUCAGAGACCUGGGGAACAGCUUCACCAGACACCCCGCGACACAGCGGUUGAAACAGAAGCUGCGUGGUGCAGCGUCUCUCUUCAAGAAUGUCCGGCUGGACCCACCCUGCACCAACUCCACCCCCUCCACCCUCUACCUCAACAACGCCUACGUCAGGGCGGCUCUGCACAUCAGUCCUGACGCACUGCCCUGGGUCCUCUGCAGCUCGGUGGUGAACCUCAACUAUGGGCGUGUAUACAUGGAAGUCAGUAAGCAGUACCUGAAGCUACUGGGAGCCCUGGUAUAUCGUGUCCUGGUGUACAACGGUGACGUCGACAUGGCCUGUAACUUCAUGGGAGACGAGUGGUUCGUGGAGUCGCUGCAGCAGAAGGUGGACGUACAGCGGAGGACCUGGACCUACCAGGACAAGGCGGGGCUGCAGGUGGGCGGUUUCGUUAAGGAGUUCUGCAACCUCGCCUUCCUCACCAUCAAGGGCUCGGGUCAUAUGGUCCCUACUGAUAAGCCUGCGGCUGCCUACACCAUGUUCUCCCGCUUCCUACUGAGACAACCCUUCUGACCUGACCUAGGGACCCGACCACAAACUGAUCAAUACACUGCAUGAAAUGAGGCGAUCACUGACACUGAAUGUCUCCCAAGCUCCGAUUGUCUUCCUGCUUCUUGUUUUCUGUAUGUGUCAAUUAAAAAAAUUACGAAAAUAA